AUGGCGACGACGUCGGUGGAUUCUCCAAAGCCUGACACAGACACUGACGCUGAGCUGGAUACCAAUCCCAACCUCAACCCUAACCCUAAUUCUUCGAACUCGUUAGUCCCCGCCUCCUCCAAUGGUCCUGCUGUCUGCCUUCUCAGGUUUGCCGGAGACUCCGCUGGCGGGGCAUUCAUGGGCUCCGUUUUUGGCUACGGUGCGGGGUUGGUUAAGAAAAAAGGCUUUAAAGGAUCCUUUGCAGAGGCAGGAUCUUAUGCUAAGACAUUUGCAGUUUUGUCUGGAGUCCACAGCUUGGUUGUCUGCAUUUUGAAGAGACUGCGAGGAAAGGAUGAUGUUAUUAACGCUGGAGUAGCUGGAUGUUGCACUGGUCUUGCUCUUAGUUUUCCAGGUGCACCCCAGGCUCUUCUACAAAGCUGCCUCACUUUUGGAGCAUUCUCAUUUAUUAUUGAAGGACUAAAUAAGCAGCAGCCAGCUUUGGCACAUCCACUUUCUGUGAGGAAGAAAAGUGAGCAACUUCCUCCCUUGGUGCUCCCUCUUCAACUUUCACUUCCAGGUGAACUUAAAGCGGGUUUCACCUCAUUUUGCAAUUCCUUGAAGAAUCACAAGAAGGGCACUUCUCACACAGCCUAA